CUGAUAGGGCGGGACAUAGGGAGAGAAAAGAGGUAGUAAAACGAAAAACACCGUGGUGAGACGCGGCGCCACCUGUUUUCAACACAGUAGUCCUAAAAAAUAGUAAAACAAAACAUCGGACGAUUCGGGACUGGUUGUCAACAUCGGACGAUUCGGGACUGGUUGUCAACAUCAUUACGGACGAUAUAUUAUAUAUAUACUCGUAAUACACAAGCUAUAUAAUUUAGAAAAUAGCAAGUACAGAGUGAGCGCGAUUAGGAGAGAGGAGCAAUGUGUCCGGAGAGCAAUUCUGAGUUUAUGAAGGUUGUCUUAGGCGAUGCUGGCUACGUGCUCGAAGAUAUUCCUCACUUGAUUGAUUACAUUCCCGAUCUUCCUACCUAUCCCAAUCCAUUGCGUUCCAAUCCUGCAUAUUCAGUUGUGAAACAAUAUUUCGUUAAUGAUGAUGAUGCUGUAGCCCAAAAGGCUGGAAAUGGUUUGGAAACAAGCAAAAAGAUUGUUGUUCACAAGAAUAGUCCAAGAGGGACACAUUUUCGACGUGCUGGACCUCGCCAAAAGGUGUAUUUUGAAUCAGAUGAGGUGCAUGCUUGUAUUGUAACAUGUGGAGGUUUGUGCCCUGGACUGAACACAGUGAUCAGGGAAAUUGUUUGUGGACUCUAUCACAUGUAUGGCGUCAACAAAGUCCUUGGAAUAGAUGGAGGAUACAGGGGUUUUUAUUCACGAAAUACCGUUCCUUUAACACCAAAGGUUGUAAAUGACAUCCAUAAACGCGGUGGUACAAUCCUCGGGACAUCACGAGGAGGCCAUGAUACCUCAAAGAUAGUCGACAGCAUUCAAGAUCGUGGAAUUAACCAGGUUUAUAUAAUUGGAGGUGAUGGAACUCAAAAAGGAGCUGCAGUGAUUUAUAAGGAAAUUAGACGGCGUGAUCUUAAAGUUGCAGUUGUUGGAAUCCCCAAAACAAUUGAUAAUGACAUUCCGGUUAUUGACAAGUCAUUUGGUUUUGAUACUGCUGUUGAGGAGGCUCAACGAGCCAUCAAUGCUGCACAUGUUGAAGCUGAAAGUACCGAGAAUGGUAUUGGUGUGGUGAAGCUUAUGGGUCGCUACAGUGGGUUCAUUGCAAUGUAUGCUACUCUUGCCAGCCGAGAUGUGGAUUGUUGUUUAAUUCCAGAGUCACCCUUCUAUCUUGAAGGAAAAGGUGGACUUUUUGAAUUCAUGGAGAAACGGCUCAAAGAAAAUGGGCACAUGGUUAUUGUAAUCGCUGAAGGAGCGGGACAGGAACUUCUUUCAGAGAGAGUGAAUUCCACAGAUCAGCAGGAUGCUUCAGGGAACAGGGCACUCCAAGAUGUUGGGUUGUGGAUUUGUCAGAGGAUCAAGGAUCAUUUUACAAAAAAUCGCAAGAUGGUUACUUGUCUCAAAUACAUAGAUCCCACGUACAUGAUCCGGGCUGUUCCAAGCAUUGCAUCUGAUAAUGUGUACUGCACACUCCUCGCUCAUAGUGCUGUUCAUGGAGCAAUGGCAGGGUACACAGGCUUCACAGUUGGGCCUGUCAAUGGAAGACAUUCUUAUAUUCCUUUCAAUCGUAUCACUGAGAAGCAGAACAAAGUUGUGGUAACCGACAGGAUGUGGGCAAGGCUCCUUUCUUCAACCAAUCAGCCGAGCUUCUUGAGUCCGAAAGAUGUCAUUGAAGCCAAAGAAGAGGAAGAGCCUCCAACCCAGUUGCUGGAUGGUGAGAACUGUAAGGAUGAUGACCAAUCAGCUCUAUUAGGAUGCUUCAACUGCAUGCCAGUGACUUUGUAAAUGGAAAGAUUACAUGUAGUGGUUGUGGAAAUAUAUCCUAUCAACCAAGUUCUUCUGAGAAAUAUAUUUGUGGACCAAGAUUCUUCCUACUAGGCAACGGCAUUAAACCUUGUGGAAAUUCUGGUUUUAGUGUUUGGUGACACUUUCUGUUUCCACAAUUUUGUGAGCAGAAUUUUUGCAAUGAUAUUUUAGUCGAAAUUUUCCAUGCUUCAA